CUUACAGAUGACUAUGGAUGAAAAAUAUGUUAACAGCAUUUGGGAUCUUUUAAAGAAUGCAAUACAAGAAAUUCAGCGCAAGAACAACAGUGGUUUGAGCUUUGAAGAACUGUAUAGAAAUGCAUAUACCAUGGUGCUUCAUAAGCAUGGAGAGAAGCUCUAUACAGGACUGAGAGAAGUGGUGACUGAACAUCUCAUAAAUAAGGUCCGAGAAGAUGUGUUAAAUUCUUUAAAUAACAAUUUCUUACAAACGCUUAACCAGGCAUGGAAUGACCACCAGACAGCCAUGGUUAUGAUUAGAGACAUUCUUAUGUAUAUGGAUAGAGUCUAUGUUCAGCAAAAUAAUGUUGAAAAUGUUUAUAACUUGGGCUUGAUAAUUUUUCGUGAUCAAGUUGUUCGAUAUGGCUGCAUAAGAGAUCACCUGCGACAGACGUUGUUGGAUAUGAUUGCAAGAGAGAGGAAAGGAGAAGUUGUAGACAGAGGUGCCAUUAGAAAUGCCUGUCAGAUGCUUAUGAUCCUUGGGCUGGAGGGAAGGUCUGUCUACGAAGAAGAUUUUGAAGCUCCGUUUUUAGAGAUGUCUGCUGAGUUCUUCCAGAUGGAAAGCCAAAAGUUUCUAGCUGAAAACAGUGCCUCUGUGUAUAUAAAGAAAGUAGAGGCUAGAAUAAAUGAAGAGAUAGAACGAGUCAUGCACUGUCUAGACAAAUCCACAGAGGAGCCAAUUGUGAAGGUUGUGGAGAGAGAGCUCAUUUCCAAACAUAUGAAGACCAUUGUGGAGAUGGAAAACUCAGGGUUAGUCCAUAUGCUGAAGAAUGGAAAGACGGAAGAUUUGGCCUGUAUGUACAAGUUAUUCAGUAGGGUUCCGAAUGGUCUCAAGACAAUGUGUGAAUGUAUGAGUUUAUACCUUCGAGAACAGGGGAAAGCCCUGGUUUCUGAAGAGGGGGAAGGAAAGAAUCCUGUUGAUUACAUCCAGGGCCUCCUAGAUCUGAAGAGUAGAUUCGACAGGUUUCUUCAGGAGUCCUUUAGUAAUGACCGUCUUUUCAAGCAAACUAUUGCUGGUGACUUUGAGUACUUCCUCAAUCUGAACUCCAGAUCCCCCGAGUACCUUUCCUUAUUUAUUGAUGACAAACUCAAAAAAGGAGUUAAAGGACUCACAGAACAGGAGGUGGAAUCCAUACUUGACAAGGCAAUGGUCCUUUUUAGAUUCAUGCAAGAAAAAGAUGUGUUUGAACGUUACUACAAGCAGCAUUUAGCUAGGCGACUACUUACCAACAAGAGUGUGUCUGAUGACUCUGAAAAGAAUAUGAUAUCCAAAUUAAAGACUGAGUGUGGGUGCCAAUUCACUUCAAAGUUAGAGGGCAUGUUCAGAGACAUGAGUAUUUCAAACACUACUAUGGAUGAAUUCAGGCAACAUCUGCAGACAACAGGGGUGUCCUUAGGAGGGGUAGACCUCACAGUCAGAGUUCUUACGACUGGCUACUGGCCCACACAGUCAGCUACACCGAAGUGCAACAUCCCACCUGCUGCCAGACAUGCGUUUGAAGUAUUUAGAAGGUUUUAUCUUGCUAAACAUAGUGGACGGCAGCUGACCUUGCAGCACCACAUGGGUUCUGCAGAUCUUAACGCCACUUUUUAUGGACCUGUCAAAAAGGAAGAUGGCUCAGAGGUUGGAGUAGGAGGAGCUCAAGUUACUGGUUCCAACACACGAAAAACACAUACUGCAAGUCUCAACCUUCCAGAUGACCAUAUUAAUACUCUUCAACAACCGAGAAAAGUACACGUUUGAAGAAAUCCAGCAAGAGACAGAUAUCCCAGAACGAGAGCUGGUGAGAGCACUUCAGUCUCUUGCCUGUGGAAAGCCUACUCAGAGAGUCCUCACAAAAGAGCCCAAAUCAAAAGAAAUAGAAUGUGGUCACGUGUUCACUGUAAAUGAUCAAUUCACUUCCAAAUUGCACAGAGUUAAGAUCCAAACAGUGGCUGCCAAACAAGGUGAAUCAGACCCUGAAAGAAAGGAGACCCAGAAGAAGGUUGAUGACGACAGAAAGCAUGAGAUAGAAGCUGCUAUAGUUCGGAUUAUGAAAUCUAGAAAGAAAAUGCAACACAAUGUAUUAGUAGCAGAGGUAACACAGCAACUGAAGGCCAGAUUCCUUCCAAGCCCAGUUGUUAUUAAAAAGCGCAUUGAAGGACUUAUUGAACGAGAAUAUUUAGCACGAACACCUGAAGAUCGCAAAGUGUACACUUACGUAGCAUAA